AUGCGUUCCUCAUUGGCAUACGGAGCCCUGCUCCAAGCAUCCCUCUCCACCGUCGUCAGUGCCUCGCCGGCACCUACACCCCGUCGCGUCUUCCAUCUGGAGUCUCAGGCACCUCAGGUCACUGCCUCUCCUGUUGAGCUGUCCCCAUCGCGUACCGACAGGCUUCGUCGCGGUAUCAUCGACGACCUCAAGUCCGACGUUGGCUCUGUUCUCAGUGGACUCGGCUCGGAUCUUCCCUCGUGGGUGGCAUCUGGUGUGCCAAACUUCUUCCAGGGUUUCCCUACCGGAGAUGCCGUUGCCUCAUCGCUCGGUCUUGACGACAGCCAGCUGGAUGCUUUGCCUACUCAAGUUCUGAACGUUGACCCUUACGCCAACUGGACUGAGUCUGGUUGGAACGUAAGAUUCCACGGAAAUGUCUAUAAGCAGCCCAACACCUCUACUGCAGACCUCAACCGCCUGGCCAACAUCUUCCUCAUCGAUACUUCUGUUGAGGAUCUCCCUCAAGACCAGGCAGACAGAGCCCGUAAUGUCACCGCAUCCAUCUUCGUUGUCCAGCAAGGAGACGUAGCUGUCGCACCUAUCCACCUCGACCCUGCUCCGUCGCAAGGUGCUUCUGGUCAAUCUGAUGGCAGUGGUGCGGUCACUCCCUCAGGUGGAAACCAGACCGUGACCCUCCCCUACAACACCACUGUUGAAGGUGACUUCGAUGUCUUUGUCCCCAUCAACGGUGCUGGCCUCAUGGCAGGUAACGAGACUCAGCAGAUCCAGCGUCUCAACACUCACGUUGAGGGUGCUUCCAUUGGCAACUCUACUGCUUACCUCGUGCCCACAACCGGUCUUACUGUCGUCAGUGAUAUCGACGAUAUUCUCCGUGUCACCAAGAUCUACCAGCCCGCCCAGGGUCUGCUCAACUCUUUCGCAAAGGAAUACGUUCCUUGGGAGAACAUGCCUGAUAUCUACGCCAACUGGAGCAGAAGUCUUCCCAACACCCAUUUCCACUACCUGACCACCACCCCCGAGCAAGUCACUAGAGCUUAUAUGAACUUCACCUACUCCCAUUACCCUGGUGGAUCAUUCGAUACCCGUCCUCUCAACUUCUCAGACGUUUCAGCCACUCUUUCCAUUCGCAAGUUCCUUCUUACCAAGGUCUUUGAGACUUUCCCCGAGAGAAAGUUUAUCCUCGUCGCCGAUACCAGCAACAGCGACGUCAUGAAGGACUACCCUCAGAUGGCAACUGACUACCCCAACCAAGUGCAGUGCAUCUUCUUGCGCAACACCAGUGGCACCGAUUCUGGUGACAAGUUCCCUUACGACACUAGUGGCUUCAAGAACUUGAACCAGCAGAAGUACAUGUUCUUCUUGAACCCCGAUGAUCUUACCGGUCUCGACAUUGCCAACGGACAGUGUUACAACCAGUCGAUUGCGCAGAACCUGACCUUUGGAUACCAGGGACUGCCUUUCGGUAUCGGAGACACUCCAUCGGCUGUCAACGCCUCCGCCAACUCGACUGGCAAGACCGGAACAGCCUCUGGAUUCAAGAGCAAGGAUGCCGUUGGCGCACAGAGCUCUCUGGCUCUUGUUGCAGCACUCGGAGCCGCCAUGUUCAUGUUCCUGUAG